CUAAAAGCGCAGUGUGCAGUUAGAGUGUGUGGUUUAGGACACACCCUGCCUCGGUGGUUACUUCCGCCUCGCGCGCGCGCGGAUUCGACUGGAUCAUUCACUUCAAUACUCCUGUUUCCUUUCGUGUGUUUGUUUAUCCGCAUGGCGCUGGUUCCGUACGAUGAAAACAUCCUGCCGUCUCUGGUCAAACUGCACGCGGCUUCCUCUGACUUCCGGUUCGCUGAGCGCAGCAUCCGAUUGGCUCAGGACUGGAGAGGAGGGGGCGUGGCCGCGGUCGUGUGGGACGCGGCAGUGGUGAUGUGCAUGUACCUCGAGCUUGGCCACGUGAAGCUGAAGAACAGAACCGCCAUCGAGCUCGGAGCUGGUACCGGGCUGGUGGGCAUCGUCGCCGCACUGCUUGGAGCUGACGUAACGAUCACCGACCGGAGUCCGGCUCUGAAGUUCUUGGAGGCUAACGUGAAGGAGAACAUUCCUUCAGACCUGCAGGAGGCAGUGCGGGUUUCCGAGCUCACGUGGGGAGAAAGUUUAGAGCGCUUUGCCUCCGGCGGUUAUGACCUCGUCCUGGGAGCAGACAUCGUCUACCUGGAGGAGACAUUCUCCGCACUGCUGCAAACCCUGGAGCACUUGAGCUCUGAGAACACGGAGGUCCUGCUGGCGUGCCGUAUACGUUACGAGCGAGACGAGCGCUUCCUGAGCAUGUUGGGAAAUCGGUUUUCGGUGCAGGAGGUUUACUACGAUUCAGAGAGGGACGUUCACAUCUACAGCGCGGUGAAGAAGAAGACAAAGCCUGAACUCUGAGGUCCUGACUGAAAGUUCUGAUAACUGUCAUGAUGUUGUAUUUAAAAAUCACUUCUAUUAAAAUUCAUAAUGACA